AGGAGGAGGAGAUACGAAUCCUUAUCUGUUCCAUUUGAGCUCUGAAAAGCUUCUCUCUCUUUCACACACACACACACACACUGUCAAUGGAGUCUCCUUCUGCGGUGGAAGUGUGGAGGAAGAACAACAACAAACAUGCGGCGCCGUCGACGGCGGUGUCGGUGGCUAGCAAUCCCAUCCCCAACGGCUUAGCGAGACUAUUCCCUAAUUUCUUCACCUUUCAACCAAAUCCAUUUCUUCUUACAAUCCAUCCAUCCAAACCUGUUAACCUAAACCUAAACCUAAACGCCACCACAAUCCUCUCCGUUGCCGCCGAACGAUGCUUCCACAUGUUAUCCGAAUUCGCUUCCCCUAACAAUCCUUUACUCAUAAACCUCUUCUCCUUACCUUCCAAUUUCCGCAAUUUCCUCCAGAUCUGUAAACAGAAGAACUACCGCAGAAGGAGUUUGCUGUCUUCGAAUCACAAUUUCGCGGCGAUUUUGCCAGGGGAUUCGGUCGCUGGACUGGUUGUUUCUAAUGGAGUUAUGAAUUUUCUCAACAUUUACAACACUCUUCUAGUUGUUAGACUCGUUUUAACUUGGUUUCCUAAUACUCCUCCAGCCAUUGUUUCUCCUCUCAGCACGCUGUGUGAUCCAUACUUGAAUAUAUUUCGUGGUAUUAUUCCACCACUUGGAGGGACAUUGGAUCUUUCUCCUAUUUUGGCAUUUCUUGUUCUCAAUGCUUUAACAAGCACUGCAUCUGCAUUGCCUGCCGAACUCCCUUCUACUACUGCUACUAGUACGAUUUCUUCAACGAUAACAGCUCAACCGCAAAUUUCAUUGCCGAAAGCUAUUACUUCGUCACAGGAGAAGUGGUUAAAGAGGAUGCAUCGAACGAGCUCCAAUGGUGGUCAUGAAGCUGGAACCAGGUGAUGAUGAUGAUGAUGAUUGAAUAUCUCUAUCAGUUUAUAUAUAUAAUUGAGUCUAUUUGUAAAACGGGUACUUUCCUACACUAUUUAAAUCUUCUCUUUUUAGAUAAUUAAUUGAGUGAUACAUACUUUUUCA